AUGUCUGAAGUGUUAGCCUCCAAAGAAGAGAUCCAGUCAGUCUUCUCAAAUCUGCAGAAGGACCCUGCCAACAAGGUGUGUUUUGAUUGUGACACCAAGAACCCAACAUGGACCUCUGUCCCCUUUGGUGUGAUGUUAUGUCUUGAAUGUUCAGCUACUCAUAGAAAUUUGGGUGUUCAUAUCACUUUUGUUAAAUCUUCAAACUUGGAUAAAUGGACCCAAAAGCAAUUACGAAGAUUUAAAUUGGGUGGGAACCAAAAAGCUAGAGAAUAUUUCUUAAAGAAUGGUGGUUCAAGAUAUUUAGCAAAACCAAGUGAUUCAAAUGCUAAAUACAAUUCCAAAAUUGCAUUAAACUAUAAAGAACAUUUAGAUCAUAAAGUUAAGAAAGAUGAAGUUUUAUUCCCAGAAUCUGUUAAUUUGGAUAAUAUUGAUGCUGCAUCUUCAACUUCUUCAUUAAAUAAUUCCAAAACUAAUAGUACUGAUGAUUUUUUCGCUAAUUGGGAGAAAAAACCAUUGAAUCAAACCCCAUCUCCUUCAAUUUCAAGACCUUUAACACCAUCAAAUAACAUAAACAAUUCAACUUCAAGUCUUUCAUCCUCUACAACAACAGCUAAAAAACCUACAACAACAUUAAGAAAAUCAACUUCUUCACAAAAGAAAACAAGUAUCUUGUCUGGUCCAAGAAAAUCUAAAUUAGGUGCAAAGAAAGUUGUUAAUGAUAUUGAUUUUGAUGCUGCUGAAAGAGAAGCCAAAAGAGAAGCUGAAGAAACUGCUAAAUUAGGUUAUAAUCCAAAUAAAGAUGAUGACGAAACAACUCCAAGUUCAACAACUAUUAAACCAAAGACUUCAUCAAGUUUUGUGGAACCAACUUAUCAAGCACAAUCAAGUUUUUCAACCAUUGAAAAACCAAAACAAUCUUCAGUUGAUAAAGUUACUCCAAGUUUUGCUAAAUUAGGUUUUGGUAUGACUGAAAAUGAUGCAGCUCAACAAGCUCAAAAGCAAAAAACAGCAAAUGCGCCAAAAUAUACUGGUGAAGUUGCUUCGAAAUAUGGUGGCCAAAAAGCUAUUUCAUCUGAUCAAUUCUUUGGUAAAGGCUCAUAUGAUGUAAAUGCUCAACAAGAAGCUCAUUCAAAAUUACAAGCUUUCAACAGCUCUACUGCAAUUUCAUCAUCAAGUUAUUUCGGUGAAGAUGAAGAAUCUCAACAAGGUCCAAAUAGAGGUGGUAAUAAUAGUAACAAUAAUGAAUUUGCAAGUUUUGCAAGCACAACAAAUGAUGAUUUAGCUGUUUUAAAAGAUGCUUUAGAAACUGGUGCAAACAAACUAUCAGGAUACUUACGAGACUAUCUACGUAAUUGA